AUGCUCGAGUUCCGCACCUCAGGCUUCAACCCCUACAGCGUCAAAUACUCGCCCUUCUUCGACUCCCGUCUCGCCGUCGGGGGCGGUGCCAACUUCGGCCUCGUUGGCAAUGGCCGCCUCUACGCCCUCAACCUCAACUCCAAUGGCAUCGUUUGCGAGAAGUUCUUCGAGACGCAGGAUUGUCUCUUCGACUUGACGUGGUCGGAACAGCAUGAGAAUCAGAUAUUGACAGCGGGCGGAGACGGGAGUUUGAAGUUGUUCGAUCUUGGGGUUGGAGAGUUCCCGGUUGCGGGAUGGCAGGAGCAUGGGAGGGAGGUGUUUAGCGUGCAUUGGAAUUUGGUUAAGAAGGAUACGUUUCUGUCGAGCUCGUGGGAUGGGACGGUGAAGAUCUGGACGCCAGAGAGGAAGGAGAGUGUUGCGACGCUGCCGGUACAUUCGUGCGUAUAUUCGGCCCAAUUCAGUCCGCAUCAUCCGGAUGUCGUGACUUGUGUGAGUCGAGACUCGCAUUUGCGAGUGUUCGAUUUAAGGACGAAGCCGAGCGCGCAGAAUCAUAUGACGUUGGCUAUACCCAUACACGCGCCUCCAAAGGUCUCUGCGCCGGGGAUGAUGAACCAGACUGCUGGGCCGACUGAGUGCUUGACGCACGAUUGGAACAAGUACCGAGACUCGGUCAUAGCUACGGCAGGCGUGGAUACGAUGAUCCGGACCUUCGACUUGCGAGUUCCUUCCGGACCUGUCAACAUGCUCCCUGGCCACGAAUACGCUGUCCGCAGGGUCAGCUGGAGCCCGCACCUCUCGGACGUUCUACUCAGCGCAUCCUACGACAUGACCUGCCGCGUCUGGACCGACGGUAGCAACGUGGAACAAGGUGGCACUGGCACCGGAUUAGGUCGCGAGAUGGGCCGCAUGGACAGACAUACAGAAUUCACAAUGGGCGUGGACUGGUGUCUGUUCGGCGCAGAAGGCUGGUGUGCGACGUGUGCUUGGGAUGAACGGGUGUUGGUGUGGGAUGUGAGGGAUGUCAUGCGCGGCUGA